CAUAUGUCAUCAUUCAAUGCUAUCCGUUAGCAUGUUUCACAGGCUUCUUCAAAAAUAAUUAAGGACGUUGUUCAUUUUUUCUCACUGUAUUACAGUUAAUCUAUUGCUUAGCUACGCAGAGACGAGUGUUGUUGCAUUUACACUGUUUAUCGAGCAAUGGUGUUUUGCGCAUCGAUGUUUUGUAAGUUAGCUAAAUGCUAACUGCUACGGUGAUAUCUCGAAACUUACAUGCGUCUGUCACCGCUGUCAUACAGAGACAGGAGAUCAUCUCGGAUCGAGAACACUGGCACAGCCUUUUCUUGCAGACACCAUGGAGCUCCAGGCAGUGUUGAUGGCGGCUGGAGGUGGAUCACGUAUGACAGAUCUGACAUACAACACUCCCAAACCCAUGCUGCCUGUAGGCAACAAACCACUGAUGUGGUAUCCCCUGAACCUGCUUGAGAGAGUGGGCUUUGAAGAGGUUAUAGUGAUCACCACUAAAGAAGUCCAGAAGAUGAUGAGUACAGACUCUAAAAUGAAGCGGGACAUUAAGAUGAAGAUGGAGGUUGUUUGUGUCCCAGAAGAUGGAGACAUGGGCACUGCUGAUGCUCUCAGACACAUUCAGCAGAAGAUCAAGACUGACAUCCUGGUGGUGAGUUGUGACCUUAUAACCGACGUGGCUCUUCAUGAGGUGGUUGACCUUUUCAGAGCCCACAAUGCAACGCUAGCCAUGCUCAUGAGCAAAGCCCAUGAGUUCACAGAGACUGUGCCGGGCCAGAAAGGGAAAAAAAGGACAGCUGAACAGAGGGACUUUGUCGGUGUGGAUCAGUCAGGGAAGAGACUGCUCUUUAUGGCCAAUGAAGCAGAUCUGGAAGAUGGACUCUCAAUCAGGAAGUCAAUUAUAAGGAAACAUCCCAGGAUGCGCAUCAAAACAGGCCUGGUGGAUGCUCACCUCUACUGUCUGAAAAAAGCAGUUGUUGACUUUCUCACGGAAAAUAAGUCCAUUUCAUCAAUCCGAGGAGAAUUGGUACCAUACUUGGUGCGCAAACAAUUUUCCAAAACCACUAACAGCCAGAAGGUAAAAGAAGAUUUGGAGGAUCAGACCCAGAAAAAGAAUGACUGCUCUACAAACCAUGAGCUGCUCCUCUCAGAGCUGCUCAUCUCAUCGCGGGACGAGCCUCUGCUCCAGCUGGCCCAGGAGCGUUCCUGUUGGAAUGACCACCGCGGUGACAUGAGUGAGGCCUACCACGGAGGAAAGCUCCGCUGCUAUGUUCACAUUAUGGAGCAGGGUCUGUGCUACCGUGUUAACACUCUUGCUGCUUACAUAGAGGCAAACAGGCAGGCCCCAAAACUCUUUGAGGAGCCACCAGUUCAUCCAUCUGCUGUCAUUUCUGAGAAAUGUCAGAUGGGGACAGACAGCAUCAUUGGGGAACGGUGCCAGAUAGCAGAAAAGGCUUCCAUAAAAAGAUCAACUAUUGGAAUAUCCAGCAACGUGAAAGAGAGGGUCAAAGUCACCAACUCCAUUAUUAUGCAUUCAGUCACAAUAGAGGAAGGAUGCAAUAUCCAAGGCAGCGUAAUCUGCAGUAAUGCAAUCAUUGGCAGAGGAGCCGACCUCAAAUAUUGUUUGGUUGGAAAUGGACAACGAAUUGAGCCAGAAGUUGAACGGACAAAUGAAGUCAUUGUUGGAACAGACCAACUGAUGGAGAUCUAGCUGCGUCGCAGAAUAGCCGAAACCUCACCUGUUCACCUGAGAGCGGCAAACCUGAUAGAGUGACUGUCCAAUCAGAAGCUUGGAAGUUGCUGGACAGUCUGGGGAUGUUUUCCUUUUUUUUUUUUUUUUUUUUUUUUUUUUUACAAUAAGUUUG